UGUGUAUUAAAGAAGGGGAGGGCAGAAUCUGACUGCUUAAACAGCACAGACACCUUUUUACGAUAAUCCCUGAACUGGCACUGCCCAGAACAUUCUUUAUUCUUCUAAAUGAAAUCUUUUUUUCUUUAAAAAAAGAAAACAGAAGAAGACAGAGAGUGCAAGUAUACUGAAAAGAGUUUCGCAAGCGGGCGGGCAGACGAGCACGAGGAAACAAUCUCCUUAACCUCCGUAUCCUGUCAGACGCUGCAGCAAACGGCUAUAAAAGAGGAUCAAGGACAGAGCAAGGAGAGGAGGAACGAGGAGAACAAGCGGAGUGGGACUACAGUGUCCUACAGGAGAAACUCCCGUCGCUCCCGUUAAAUCUCUAAAGGCCAAUCCCCGGCUCACCACCGCGACAACGAUGCAGCGGUUCCUGGCUGCAGGCAGCCUGCUGGUGGCGCUGUUGUCUUCUGCAGCUUGUGAGCGGCGGCACCACCAUGUGCAGCACGGUCCCUGUAGCUACACCUUCCUCCUGCCGGAGAUGGGGCACUGCGGCCCCGCCAGUGAAUUCCAGGUGACCAACUCGCUCCAGAGGGACUCUGCACCACUUCCUGGGGGUGCCACCCCCACCGAGCAGGACAAGAAGCUGACAAGCCUGGAAAAUGCCAUGGAGAACAACACCCAGUGGCUGCUGAAGCUGGAGAACUACAUCCAGGAGAACGUGCGGUCAGAGAUGGAGGAGCUGCAGAGGAACACUGUGCACACGCAGACGGCUGCCAUGCUGGAGAUCGGGACCAACCUCCUCAGCCAGUCAGCAGAGCAGACCCGUAAACUGACAGAUGUGGAGACGCAGAUGAUGAACCAGACCAGCAGGCUGGAGAUGCAGCUGUUCGAAUACUCGCUCUCCACCCACAAACUGGAGAGGCAGAUCCUGCAACAGACUCAGCAGAUUUCCCGGCUGAACGAUAAAAACAGCCUUCUGGAGCGGCGGCUCGCAGCUAUGGAGGGCGGGCACACGCUGCAGCUGCAGGCGCUGCUCGAGGAGAAGCAGAAGCUGCAGGAGCUGUUGGCCCGCCAGGCGAAGCUCGUCGCCAUGCUAGAGGUGGACCUGGGGGGCUCCAUUAGAAGCGACACAUCGCUUCACCACCAGCAGGAGGCGCUCACAGGCGCCUUGCAGAAGCUCUUAACAAAGGUUCAGCACUGUAACGGAUCUACCCUUCAAGGGGAAAUUUCCACCAGAGCCAAAGAAGAGGCUCCAAGCUUCCGCGACUGUGCCGAAAUCUACAAAUCGGGGAUCACGGAGAAUGGGGUGUACAGGCUGCACGUCGCCAACUCAACACAAACAUUCAAGGUUUUUUGCGACAUGAAGACCCGUGGCGGAGGCUGGACCGUGUUGCAGUGGCGCCAGGAUGGUUCGGUGGACUUCCACCGCAACUGGGCGGACUACAAGACCGGUUUUGGUGAGCCCUCUGGGGAGUACUGGCUGGGCAAUGACUUCAUUCACUGGCUGACGACGGGCCAGCACUACGUUCUGCAGGUCCAGGUCACAGACAGAGAGGGCAAUGAAGCCUAUUCACAGUAUGACCAUUUCUACAUCGACGGAGAGGAACACAACUACAGCCUGCACUCCCGAGGAUUCGGCGGCACAGCAGGCCGAAGCAGCAGCCUGGCCCCCUCCGGCACUCCGUUCAGCACCAAGGACCGCGACAAUGACCGCUGUAGCUGCAAGUGUGCGCAGAUGGCGUCAGGAGGGUGGUGGUUUGAUGCCUGCGGACCCUCCAACCUCAAUGGCGUCUAUUACGGCGGCAAGUCCAAUGUUCUCCGCUUCAACGGGAUCAAGUGGUACUACUGGAAAGGCCUGCACUUGAUGGCUCGGGCUACGGCCAUGAUGGUGCGCCCAGCAAGGUUCUGAAGUCCAUUGUGAUGAUGAGCUGAUGCUGCAAAAAAUGGGAGGAGCCUGAUGAUGUCAGAAACUGGAGAGAUCAGUAGCGUUCAUGCCAGUUCUUAUCUACAGUAGCCCUGCCAUGCAACCGUGUCAGUCAAGCCUCUCGUUACGUUGAUAUUAUUUUUGUUAAUCCUAUAUGGUCAACAGCUGAUAAGUCUACAAUGAUUGAACCAUUGUGGGAUGAACAAAGACAUUUUUUCAGGGCAGUGGACAGAAAUGGAACCAUUACUGAUUGAAGAAACUCCUCCACUGAAUCUAUGUUAUUCCUCGACUUGACUGUAAAUUACUUUCUAUGUGUUUUUUUUUACAUGGUCUGUCAUUGUCCCUGAGCACCUAUAACCUUUUGUUUGGAAAAACCACUCUUUUGUUAUAGCUAUUUUAUGUAGCUGUAGGACUGUUUAAUAGAUAGACUUGUCUCUGAAAAUUUGCAUGAUAUUUUCUAAGGAAUAUUUUCAGUUCUUUUUUACCGUAAGGAAAUAAAUGAUUCUUGAAACUUUCA